AUGGCUUCGACAUGUUGCGGCUGCUAUAACAAGAACUCUUUAGAACUCUUUGACCGGUUUCGAUUUCGGGCUGGUCUGCCGCAGGAACUCCUUCCCGAGUACAUCGAGUCCACUCGGACAUUGCGUGAUCUUCUGUUGAAGGAGCUGCAGAACGCGAGACCUCUGCAGGCUGCCAGCAUUGCUGCUCACCUCCGGAUGUAUGUAGACCUGGUGCAGAACGACCAUUUCAGCGUUUCAUUGGCCAGAGAAGCGUUCGAAGAUUCACAUAUCGCCCAACUCUGCGAGAGCUUCGGUGCCCAUUCCGAGGCUUUGUCCGGUCAGCUUCCCUCUGCGAAGCUGCCGGCCUCCUUGGAUAAGGCAGAGGAGUCGAUCAGGGAGGAACGCGACAAGGUGAUUAAGGAGUUUCAUCUGGAUGAAACAUUCUUGCGUCGGUUGCGGCAGUGCCUUCAGAAGAAGCGCGAGGACUUGGAGUCCACGAACUCCGAGCUGGUUCUCGCUGAAUGGAAGAACGAAGCCUUGAGCAUCGCUGACUCUGGAGGCUGCUUUUUCUUGGGUACGCUGGCCAAGAAGCUGCCCGCGUACCGUGAGAAGUAUGGCAAAGCCUUCGAUGACAAGACCCGGGCCAAAGCACAAGAAUAUGGAUCUGACUUGCAGCGAGCGCGACUGACAGGGUGUGUGCACCUCUACGACUUUCUCCUUCCACUUGCUCCGUGGUUGGCAUGGCCUGUUGUAAGCCUCUACUUGAGGCAAGGACUGGUGUCUGGAAUCCUGGCCAUGAUCCUUCACGGCAUCGUGCUGGCAGGAAUCUACACGAUGCUCCAGUUCAUGAAUCAGCUGCCACCCUACUUGGACUUGCAAUACCAAGUCCUGAAGCACCACCCAGGCCUUCGAAGCUUGGUUAUGCGAGCCCCGCAAACGGUUCCGUGGAGCACAAUUUCCAAAGUCUUUGGGCUUAUGGGGGCUGUGCACAGUGCAUGGCGGCUUCUGACCAACCUGUCGAAGAUGCUGAGGUCGCUGAGUCAGGGCAGCUCCAUAGGUCAGCUCACUAACCUAGAGCUGAAGCUGAACAUGGUCCUCGAACACUCUCAGGCAGACAUGAAGAAAACCAUCGUGAUGUCAGCGCUCGAAGCGGCGGUUUACAUUGACAGUCAUAGCCUUGGUGUCGUCUCGUCAGCUCCCUGGCUGUCGCCAAACAUCCGGUCUUUUAGCAGUUUCGACUAUGACAGGGUAGGCUUUCUGCCGCAGCGACCAAGAUCUCGACCGGUGGCGGUGGCGCAAGUGCUGCAAGCCAGCCGCAUCUGCAAAUCCGACUACGUAGACUGGGUGGCUCAUCCCAUUCCAAUGUCCAUGAUCCGGGUGAAGGGGGGUUGGGUGGAGGCACGCCUGAUGCACGGAAGCCGCAAGCCGAAUGUUGCUCGCGUGUUAGAUGUGGGCAAUGCUGACCACGAGACCGUGCCACUGCUUUGGACAACAAAGCCUCAAGCCAAAGCGAGACUGGCUCCGCUGAAGUCGCAUCCUGGGCAAGAGGACGAGAUCAAGAUCAUCGUUCUCAGUGCUGGUGGCAAGCGCAGGCGGCCGAAGGGCAGACGAGGAGAAUGGGCUGCUUCGCCAUCUCCGCCACCUUCGAGGCGCGAAGCCGGCCUGCAGAGCCAGCAGAGUGACAAUGGCCUGACAUACAUUGAGCAUAACUUUACCAUGGUGAAGCCUGGCAGUCACAACUUGCAGCAGGAGGUCCACAAGCCGCCCAAAGAUGCCGACAUGGGCCGCAGUGUCUACGGUCCCGGUUGGCGGCGUCUGGUCGUUCCGGCUGAGCCUGCUGCUGCGGUGGCACCGAGAGCCUACGUGCCCGUUCCACCGAAACUGCCGGCUCCGACAGCUCCGAGGCGGCGUCGGCAGAGGCCCAGUGAGAAGGAUGCAGGGCAGGAGCUGGUCGCGGCAGAGGAGAUAUCGCCGCCACGGCUUCCAGAGACUCUAGACACGUUAGAGACUUUCGAGACUCUAGAGUCAAGAGAGGCUGAGGAUAUGCAGGACAUGCAGGAAAAGGCUGAGGAGUCGAGAAAGGAUGCAACCCAGACCUUCGUCCAAGAGCAAAGGGAAGGUUCUGAAGGGGAUGACGACGCGGAGCAAAGGCCCGCCGUGGAAAGCAGCAUGCAGGAGGACGUCCAGUCGCCACAAGAGCACAUGGGCAGCAGCUUGAGAGAUACCUUUAUGAAGGUGCUGGUGCAGGUGCUGCGACACGAAGGUUGUUCAACGGAGUUCCAGCACAGAAUCAACCGUGCCGUGGAAGCCGGUUUAUCUGAAGUCUUAGACACCGCUGAAACUGAAGACGGCAACACGGAGGUGAUGGAAUGCAUGGAGGAUGCUGGAGAGAUGCCAUCCCCAGCCGCAAGGGAUGAGCGGGAGCAUGAGGAUGACGAAUUUGAGCAGUCUCGUCGAAAGGUGGCUGAAUGCCUCAAGCAGGCUGCGGAGUCCGGCUGGGAAGAUCUGCGCGCAGCGGAGAAGGAAGCAGACGACUUUCAACGUGCUCGUCGCAGGGUUGCUGAAAGUCUUAGACGUGCUGCAGAAGACAUGUGGUUGCCGACGGGCCCUGAGACCCUCAAGGUGGAGGCGGAGGUGGAAUCCCAUUUGUGCCAGGUGGCAACGAGUUUGAGACGGGCCGCGCAAGGCCAAGCCACGGAUUCCAGGUCCGAUGAAUGCGGCCAGAGGACACCCUGUCCAUGUGUCAGCUCCUCGUCGAGUGUGAGGUCUGGCAUGCUAUCUGCAUGCUCGGUGGCUACAUCUGGCAGCUCGAAGGUGGCUGUGACCUGCGAAGAGGCGGUGGGGCUCCUGAUCCACUACUCCGACUCCGAAGAUGAGACAUGCCCAGAGAAUGACGACCACACUAUGUGCCAGCUCAAAGCGGCGCAAGAGGUGUCGGAAGAGGCCAUCUGCUCCCUCAUGCUGCACGUUGAGGAUUUCCUUGACUUAGCCAAUGACGAUGUGGUCGAUUUGGACUACGUCGACGAGGUGUGA